AUGAACGCAAGUCCCAGCCCGAGUUUCCCUUCUUCCCCCGACACCAGCGCGCCAGUCCACAAAAGACCGACCGGCACCAGAGCGUGUGACCGGUGUCGGCGGCGAAAAGCAAGGUGUGACUUUGCAGACUCGGGCCAGGAGCGCUGCACCAACUGCCAUGAAGCAGACAAGCAAUGCCGCUUUGAUGACCCUGUCGCGCGACGAGGACCGAAGGCCCAGAAGAAAAGAACACACGUCGAAACAACCUCGUCAACACGAGCUCGCUCAUCCUUAUCAUUCUCUCUUUCCAAUGCCAACCCCACGGCGGAAUUAAACGCGCUGUCCACAUCUUCAGCUACCCCCUCCUCCCAAUGGGAGCGUUCGCGGUCCCUGAACGCCGAUCUUGGGCUUUCCCCACAGGCCAUUUCCAAUUCUGUACCGAGUGGAACCGCCACAGCGCGUCAGAGAUGGCAGAGCCUGUCAAGCGCGUUUUCGACAGAUCUGGAGCUUUUGGUAACGCGUUGCUUUAACCUGUUUUUCGAGUACCUUUAUCCACUUACGCCGUUGGUGCAUGAGCCGAGUCUUCGCGACUCGUUGUCAUAUUUCAACGAUACGUUUCCGGCACGGGAAAAGAGCAGCAUCUGUGGCCUCUUGGAGAGAGGGCCAGACACUGCCUUCACUUUGAUCACAGCUGUUUGCGCUGAAGCAGCAUUUCUACUCCCAGAGGACCUAUUUCCGGAAGGCCAAUCCGUGGGCCAUUCAUUCCUCAAUGCAUCCCGAAAUUGUCUCAACCAGUACCUGGAGGCGGACCUUGAGAAUCCCAACGCUAGCUCCAUCACGAUCCGCUAUUUCCACUCAAACUGUCUUCAUGCCGCAGGCAAGCCAAAAUACUCAUGGCACAUUUUCGGGGAGGCGACACGGCUUGCGCAGGUGAUGGAAUUGAACGAGGAGGCAUCACUCGAAGGUCUACCUCCAAUUGAAGCUGAGCUGCGCCGGAGAGCAUUCUGGAUCGUGUACAUGGGCGACAAGUCGGCUGCAAUAUUGAACGACCGCCCAAUCACCAUUCACCAGUUCUCGUUUAAGUCUGGCAUCACCACAGCGUAUCCCACAGGUAUCGGGGAUGAGGCACCAGUGCUCUCGCCUGAAAACUCAGCACCCACUUCAGAGGUGACGCGUAAGACCUGCAUUGAAGGUUUUAAUGCCAAUUUGCGUCUGUGGCAGAAUGCAUCUGAUCUGCUUCUCGAGCUGAGGCUCCUACAAGGUCGUGAAAGAGCGGAGCUUUCUAUACAGCCUUUGCUUACAGCCGAUGAACGGAAUCGCCUAGAUACUCUAUAUAUACGCUUCAUCACAUGUCUCGAUAAUUUGCCGCCGUAUCUGCAAUCCUACACAUUCGCAGUGCUGGUCGGGAGCUCGAAGGAGACUACACAAGUGAAUCAAUUCCUCAUCCAGUGUGCAAAUUUGCAAGUCUCUGUACACUGCCUGAGAAUGGUUAUCACGCAGAAGCUGGAGGGUCUGCCUUACUGCAGCUUAGGCGUUGAGCUUGCGGACCUUCGCAAGACCGAGAUCGCACGGGAUAUGCUGCGUGUUAUACAAGAAGCCCCAUUCUGGUCGUUGCAAGUAAAUGGCGAGCCAUAUGUUGAGAAAAUUCGCCUUGUUGGUGCGAUACUUCUUGAAAUUAUACACAGAAACGGGUCUUCACCCAUUGCGGCUCGGGCACGCAGCGAUUUUGCCGUACUUCUCGAUUUACUAGCUCGGCUGGACUCGAAGGCGUCUGACGCUUUGAGAAACGAUCCUACAUUUCUGAUUUAA